CCUAGGGACCUAUAGGAAGUGAUGUCAAGGGGAUGUAGUUCCUUUUUCUGCAGGUGUGUGUUGAUCAUUCAGGCUGCAUUUUAAUAGCUAAUCAGACGAGUUUCAUGCCACUUCAUUCCUUUGCUGGAAUAGGCCCUUAGGGUAAACACACACUAUACAGGGACCCAUGAAUACACARACACACCCUCUCCAAGACAAUCCCCACCCUURAUUUGUCCCUACAUUGACUCUUUAGCUAUUUGUUUGACCCACGGUGCAUAUACAUAUACAACCUGCUYGCUGCAUCCAUGUAUUGUGUGAAAUCCUGUAUUAAGACUACACUACAGUAGGGUCUGGCUGCCAUCAUCUGGAUCACAAGUUCACAUACUGAGGGUAUGUAGGCUACAUUUCCCUACAUACUACUCAAAAGGUUGUAUUCAGCCCACAGUAUACAUCUAGAGUAUGGCAUAUUUGGUGUGUGUUAUCAUACUUUAUUUUUUUCACCAUCAUACUUUCCCUUGAAGUGCAGGUGCGUUACGUCUCCAAAUGCCACCUGUCCCUCCACAUCCGGUGGGCUACAUCUUAGUCCAUAAUUGAACUGAUUUGGUCAAUAUUGUCGCCCACAACUCAGGUCCUGAUUGGCACAAAAGGUACAAGGGGCGCGGCGUUGAAGUGCGAGUAGGCGUGGUAAAACUAUCCAAACAGUCCUGGGCAAUGAAACCGAGUGCUCGAGGACUGGCGCUCUGAAUGAGGUGGGCGUUCUGUAGCGGGACGAGAGGGGUCUCCUGAGUUAUUUCGGCUCCAGCGCAGUGAGAUGUGUAGCGCAACACAGUGAUACCUGCUAAUAUCAUUGGAUACAAAUUUGGAAAACAAGUGCMUUAGUUUGGAAUAAAACGUCUUUGUGGUUAUCCAAGUGAUCGGACAAAGGCAAGCGUAACGAGUUUCCCAAARUUUGGAUAGAGAGGAGUGUAAACCUGUUUUCUACCUCUACAUUAGGACCCCGAGAGCGGCUGCAUAAAGAGUGGAUUCUGUUUUUAUUGGAUUUUAAUCUGGACUUCAAAUUAAACACAURAUUUUCCUAAAAUGUAUUCAAACAUUUUUGCUUCCAACUGUUUUUUAUUGAAUAUAGAGCUGCUGUGACCGAGGCACGGGUGACUUCACCUGUCAUGCGGGAUACAAACUAGGAAUAGGAAAUCGUUUCCGGAUUAAGCCUGCGGUUACAGUUGUUACAUUUAUUGGCGCGUGACCUAACUGCAAGUAAAGAGGAAAUUCAUUUUAAACUCAUGUAAUUGUAAAGCUUGGUGAAUGAUUUACAAUUCGACCUCUUUAGACACUCGACUUGGUGCUUUAGUCCAUCUUUCGAAAUCCUCACACAUGUUUAAUUGAUUCGUUGGAUUAAACAACAGUGAACGUUUAUUUAGAUUUUUUUCCCGGACCUUAACUGCAUUUAUAAUCACCAUGGUUCAUUCGAAAGGUGCUCGUGCUGUUGGAACAGAAACUUGUGGUCUGGAAUGAAACUUGUCGGUGAUUUAUAGAACAGAGGACUCUGGGCAUGCUGCUGGAGCAAUUACUCUCUCCUGGGAUUUCAUAUUUCCGAGAUGCAGUCAUAAAUUAAAGGAAGGACUGAGCUGAGAAAAUACUCAAAUCCACAGCACACAGUGCAAUUUUUCUACCUAUAUUUCUUUCUGGAAAUAUCCCACUUUCCAAUGGCGACCACAGUAAAAACCCCGCUAUGCGGUGUCGUCCGUUGGUUGCUCGCGCUGCUCCUCUCCCAGCUGCCCCGGCUCGCGCAAACUGCCUCCAAGGAUAUAGUGUGUGAGCCCAUCACGGUGCCCAUGUGUAAGGGCAUCGGAUACAACCUCACCUACAUGCCCAACCAGUUCAACCACGACACCCAGGAGGAGGUGGGGCUGGAGGUCCAUCAGUUCUGGCCCUUGGUCCGCAUCCACUGCUCCCCAGAUCUGCUCUUCUUCCUGUGUUCCAUGUACACCCCUAUCUGUCUGCAGGACUACAAGAAGCCCCUGCCCCCCUGCCGCUCUGUAUGUGAGCGGGCCAAGCGAGGCUGCUCACCCCUCAUGAUCCAGUAUGGUUUUGAGUGGCCAGAGAGGAUGAGCUGUGAGCAGCUGCCUCAGCUGGGAGACGAGACUCUGUGUAUGGAACAGAACAGUAGCGAGACCACCACCCUUUCCCCUCCCUUGCCCAAACCCACCCCCAAAGGCACCCGCCGCAGGCAGCCCGCCCCCAAACCCCCCGCCCCCCAGGAGUGUGACCGGGACUGCCGCUGUCGGGACCCUCUGGUGCCUAUCAAGAAAGACGCCCACCCCUUAUACAACCGGGUCCACACUGGCCCUGUGGAUAACUGUGCCCAGCCCUGCCACCACCCUUACUUCUCCCAGGACGAACGCACCUUCACCACCUUCUGGAUCGGCCUGUGGUCCGUCCUGUGCUUCGUCUCCACCCUGACCACCGUUGCCACCUUCCUCAUCGACAUGGAGCGCUUCCAGUACCCUGAGAGACCCAUCAUCUUCCUGGCUGCCUGCUACCUUUUUGUCUCCCUGGGCUAUAUUAUAAGACUAGUGGCGGGUCACGAGAGGGUGGCGUGCACUGGGAGCGGAGACCAGCAGCACAUCCUGUAUGACACCACUGGCCCACCCCUGUGUACCCUGGUCUUCCUGCUCAUCUACUUCUUCAGCAUGGCCAGCUCCAUCUGGUGGGUGGUGCUCUCCCUCACCUGGUUCCUGGCCGCGGGCAUGAAGUGGGGCAACGAGGCGAUCGCUGGUUACUCCCAGUACUUCCACCUGGCUGCCUGGCUGAUCCCCAGCGUCAAGUCCAUCGUCGUCCUCGCUCUGAGCUCUGUGGACGGAGACCCAGUGGUGGGGAUCUGCUACGUGGGGAACCAGAGUCUGGAGAGCCUGCGGGGAUUUGUGUUAGCUCCCCUGGUGGUCUACCUCUUCACCGGCUCCCUGUUCCUCCUAGCGGGCUUUGUGUCUCUGUUCCGCAUCCGCAGCAUCAUCAAACAGGGAGGGACCAAGACYGARAAACUGGAGAAGCUMAUGAUCKGGAURGGYUUGUURACGGUGCUUUACACMGUUCCUGCUACUAUAGUAGUAGCCUGCCUGGUGUACGAGCAGCACUACAGGCCUGGUUGGGACCGGGCUCUAUCCUGCUCCUGUCAGGCUGAGAGACAGAGGCUGGGCCUGGGGCCCGACUACGCCGUCUUCAUGUUGAAAUACUUCAUGUGUCUGGUGGUGGGGAUUACGUCCGGUGUGUGGAUCUGGUCCGGAAAGACCCUGGAGUCGUGGAGGAGGUUCACCGCUCGCUGCUGCCUCUGCUGGGCCUCCAAGCCCACCGCACCCCCCUCCAUGUACAGCGAGGCCAGUACGGCCCUCACAGGACACCCCAGUGUGGCCCUGCCACCAGGGUCCUACCACAAACCUGCCCUGCCCUCACACGUGUGAACGGGACCCUAGAGGGUAGAGGAGCCACGAAUGCACAUGUCCAGUGAUAGCCCCCUGUCCUAUGUUGACUGUGAACGUGCCUCACCUGGAAAUUGGACAAGAUGGUGACUGUGAUAAAAACACCAUACAGCUCUCUGGAAGGAAAAGGGACAGAGGACAAGGAGAUAACCAAGUAAUUCCACAGGUUCUAAAUAGAACAUUUAUUGACCAACCAGCCUCACUAGCUCUUCUUCUUGGAACAUGAAGAACAGACACAAAUGUGUUUUAACAGGAAAGAAAUGGAACGUUUGUAUCAUAUGAACUCUGUGGUACUUCUGAUGCGCCUUACUGCUUUGGUAAAGUACCACUACUUCAAAAGAGCCACUAGAACAUUCUCUGAGAGGGGGAAAAUGGAGAUGUGUUUUUAUGUGUAUAAACCAGUACUCCUGUCAAUCUAUCUGAACCAUUAGAGAUUACUCACUAUUUAUUCCUGUAUACAGUACCAGUCAAAAGUUUGGACACACCUACUCAUUCAAGGUUUUUACAUUUUUUGAAGCUAUUUUCU